GGGACUACAACUCCCAGAAAGCCGCGCGAACCGAGAGGCCUUCGGGACGCGGACGUCGGGGCCGCGCCGGGUUCGGGAGAAGCGGGCGGAGUGCCCAUGACGAAGCUAGCGCAGUGGCUUUGGGGACUGGCGCUCCUGGGCUGCACCUGGGCGGCGCUGGCCACGGGAGCCCUGGGCCUGGAGCUGCCGUCGGCAUGCCGGGAGGUCCUGUGGCCACUGCCGGCCUACCUGCUGGUGUCCGCCGGCUGCUACGCCCUGGGCACCGUGGGCUAUCGCGUGGCCACUUUUCACGACUGCGAGGACGCCGCCCGCGAACUGCAGAGCCAGAUCCAGGAGGCGCGAGCCGACUUAGCCCGCAGGGGGAUGCGCUUCUGACACCCUAACCCCAUUCCCACCCGACAGCCUUUCCUCCCGUCGCCCAUUAAAGAGCUUAUUUUCUAA